AUGACUGCCACGGAAAUUCGACAAAAACAUGAACACGCGUCCACUUAUUUGAAUACCGAUUCAGACAUCGAGAUCAGAACUACUAAUACCUCUACAACCCAUCAAACUACAGACACUUUACCAAUUGAUCAAUACAUCAACAACAAAGAAAACAAAAGCAUUCCUGCAUUGCCCACAAUAACAAAUAACACCGCAAGGACAGUGGAAACAUACUCAAACAUAGAUGAUAACAAUCCCGAACAUGUUUAUUCCAUGUAUCCAGAUGAACAAAAUUUACGGAAAGAAGUUACUAGAGCAAGUGAGGUGGCCAGCAGUUUGAAUUUGCCAGAGAACUUCGAAAUUUUUUUAGAAGAUAACGAUCCUGAGAAUUUGGCAAACAAUUUUUCAUUGACCAGAAAAUAUUACAUCACCAUUUUGGUAUCAGCAACCUCAAUGAUAAUCACAAUUUUGUCAUCGUGUUGGACUUUUGUUUCGCCCAAAGUGAUGGAAAAAUUUCACCUAGGCCAUGAAGUUGGUGUUUUAGGGAUUUCACUUUUCAUAUUUGGACUAGGUGUUGGUCCAUUAUUUCUAAGCCCAUUGAGCGAGUUAUAUGGCAGAAAACCUACUUUUAUACUAAGUUUGUUUAUGCUCAUUUGUUGGGAAAUUCUAACUGCUUGGUCCAAAACCUAUGCUGGGAUAAUGUUGGGUAGAUUUUUGUCUGGCUUUUUUGGUUCUGCGUUUUUAAGUGUUGCAGGUGGUGUAUUAACCGACAUUUUAAGUAGGAGUGAAAUAACUAUCCCAAUGAUGAUUUAUUCAUUAUCUCCAUUUUUAGGUCCAGCAAUUGGUCCUAUAUUAGGCGCUGCAUUUUACCAUGAUGAUUAUGAAUGGACAUUUGUUGUUCUACUAAUUGCUACUGGCGUAUCUUUUGUAUUACUUAUUGUUACACUGCCAGAAACUUACAAACCACUUUUAUUGAUUAAAAAGGCUAAAAGAAUUCGAACUGAAACUGGUGAUGAAAGAUAUUAUGCUCCAUUGGAAAUUUCCAGAAAAGAAACUAGUAUCUUGUCGGCUGUUCUGUUGAGUGUUAAGAGACCAUUUGGAUUGUUAUUAUUUGACCCGAUGAUGGGUGUUUUAUGCUUUUAUACUGGAUUAGAACUAGCAAUCGUUUAUUUAUUUUUUGUUGCAUUCCCAUAUAUUUAUAAAAAAUUAUAUAGGAUGACACCUGCAGAAAUUGGUUGUACUUAUUUAGGUUUAGCUGUUGGUAUGAUUAUUAUAGCUCCAACAACAUUUAUAUUACAAAAAAGGUAUUUACAAAGAGUCAAAGACAAUGAUGGGAAAAGCGUGCCUGAAUUUAGAUUUGAACCAUUGUUUUAUGGUGCAUUUUUGUCUCCGAUGGGGCUAAUGAUCUUUGCAUGGACUUGUUAUUCGCAUGUUCAUUGGAUUGGAUCUAUUAUCGGUGCAGGUGUUUUUGGAUCUGGAGUUUUUUAUAUUUUUAAUGGAGUUUUUGGAUAUACAGUCGAUGCUUAUAGGUUGUAUGCUGCUACUGGUAUGGCUUGUAAUUCAUUUGUUAGAAGCUUUAUGAGCGGUGUCUUCCCACUUUUCGGUUUACAAAUGUACGAAAGGAUGGGUAUUAAUUGGGCUGGAUUUUUUUUAAGUUGUUUAAAUAUUCUGAUGAUUCCAGUUCCCUUUUUAUUUAAUAAAUAUGGUGCGUAUUUAAGAUCCAAAAGCCCUUACAGUUGGGAUGAUGAAGACACUUAA